AAAAACCUACCAAAUCAUCAUGCAAACAUUACAGCAAGUGCCUGACGUUUUGCGAGGCCGAGAACGUCCUAUGCAUGAUGGCCGCUCUACAGACAGAUUGGCCCAUAUACUCUAUACACCAGGGCAUAAGCUCCUCACAAUCAACACGUUCGCUCUGAGCCCACCGCUGAAGCAGCAUAACUCUCUGAGAUGGUAUCCAUUCCUGACCUUGCCACGAUUACUGACAUCGACGGACGCACUUUCGAUUUUAUCAUCAUCGGCGGGGGAACUGCAGGAUGUGUCUUGGCCAAUCGGCUUUCCGAAGACCCUCAUGUGUCAGUGGCGGUCCUCGAGGCAGGGAAGUCGCGCUUGAAUGACCCAGUUGUUUGUGAGUCCUAUCUUGCAGCAAGUUCCAUGGGAUACCUCAAGGAACUCAGGAACCCCGAGUAUGACUGGAUAUUCCCUGUUGUGCCGCAGCCGAAUGCAUCGACCGCGCACAUGAUAAUUUGGAGUCGGGGAAAGAUGCUCGGCGGAAGUUCUGCGAUAAAUCUCAUGGCAUACACUAAGCCCGCCCGCGAGGAACUCGAUGCUCAUGAAGCUCUUGGAAAUCCCGGCUGGAACUGGUCCUCCUACCAGAAGUAUGCGAAGAAGGUCGAAAGAUUCUGCGCUCCUGCCUCUGCGAUCAUGGACGAAGACUUUCGCAACUUGUACAAUCCUAAUUCCGUUGGGCACGAUGGGAAUCUCACGUUAUCUUUCGUUCCGACUGGAUCUGGCGCGGAUGCUGCGUACCAGAAGAGUUUGGCCAGGAACGGCUUGGAUAUACGGACUGAUGCGCUCGAUGGAGAAAUUAUUGGUAUUUGGAAGGGACUAUCAACCAUCAACCCGAAGACUGGCUAUCGAGUCGAUGCUGCGACGGCGUAUCUGCAUCCCAUUCUCGACAGACCGAACCUCAAGGUCCUCCCAGAAGCGUACGUCUGCCGGAUUCUCACAGAAACGGAAGCCGGCGGCGUAGUCGCUCGCGCAGUCGACUUCGAGCAUGGCAACAAGCGGUACACCGUGUCCGCCGCACGCGAAGUCAUUAUCUCUGCCAGUUCUAUCAAAACUCCGCAGAUUCUCGAGCUGAGUGGCAUUGGCGACCCGAAGGUCAUCAGGCCGCUGGGAAUCAAGACUGUUGUCGAGCUGCCCUCUGUUGGCACUAAUGCGCAAGAACACAUUGUAGCCACCGGUCUGAACUAUCGAAUGCAGGACGACAGAAACAUCGUUACCAACCACAUCCUCGUUAUAAAAGAACACAUGGCCGAGGUGUACAAACGUCUCGAUCUGAAGACUGAGUAUACCCUGCUUAUCAACAACUUUGCCUUCAUCCCACUCCACGUCGCUUCAGAUAAGGCCGAGCAGCUGAUUGCGAAGAAGAAAGCAGAGCUCGCUCAGAGCGGACCGUCGCUACCUCCCGGCCUCCGCAAGCAAUACGAGAUACAGCUGCAGCUCAUGGAGAGCAAGCGCGGCGCUGACAUUGAGAUGAUGUCCUCUGCGGUCGUCCCUCAGCCAGUGGCCGAGCCGUCCAAGCCGCACAUGGCCCUGGUUCCGGAGCUGACUCACCCGUGGUCGCGCGGUACCAUACAUAUCACUUCUGCUGAUCCGAAAGCACAUCCGCACAUCGACCCACACUACUUUGCGGACGACUUCGACCGCGAGAUCCUCGCACAGGGUGUCAAAUUUGCUCUCAAGAUUGGCGAGACUGAGCCGCUCCGCGGCCUGACCAAAGCACGGGUGGGCCCACCUCCUGAAGUGGAUCUAUCGACAGACGAGAAGAUUAAAGGCGAGCGCCUCCUUGUGGUGCAUGCAGAUACCUGCGGUACCGCGGCUAUGCUGCCCAGGGAGCUGGGCGGUGUGGUGGAUCCGCAGCUGAAAGUGUACGGUACCAAGAAUAUCCGUGUCGUCGACUUGUCUAUUCUACCGUUGCAGCUCUCUGUUCACCCCCAAGGUACGUGUUCCCUUGUAAAGGCACUGCCAAGCUUUCCAAUAUUUGACUGCAGCUUUCGUGUACGCUUUGGCCGAGAAAGGUGACACCACUUCCUUUCAAAAAAGACCGAUGACUAGCACUAACCGUAUGCAUCACAGCUGCCGAUAUUAUCAAAGGAGUUACGGUGUAGGUGGUCGCCGACCUUCUUCCUUACUUUUGGAUCGCUUGGAUCUCGCUGCUUUUCCUAUUGACGCGAGGUGCUAUGUCGGGCUCUAUGGAUUAGUCCAAAUGCACAGAGAUACAGUCUUUUAUGUAUUAUUACAGCCAUACAUCGCCUUCUGACGCGCCGAAAUUGAGUGCACAGGAACCUGCUAUGGCUCGCGGUGCUUCCAGUGACAUCUACAGUAUCACUGUUGUG